UACAGAAGGUGUGAGAGAAAGAAAGGAAUUUCAUAUUCACUGCUUUCCAACUUCUUUGGCUUUUCCUAAACAGAAGCAUUGGUAGCUUCAUUAACUUGGUUUUCUUCAAACCCAUCUGUAAUUAAGACUCAAAAAUGGGAGUAGGAGGUACUCUGGAGUACAUAUCUGAUUUAAUAGGAAGUUCUGGCCAUAAACACAAGAAGAAGAAGAAGCAGUUGCAGACUGUGGAACUCAAGGUCAGGAUGGACUGUGAUGGGUGUGAGCUUAAGGUCAAGAACUCCCUCUCUUCAAUGACUGGAGUUAAGAAGGUGGAGGUGAACAGGAAGCAGCAGAAGGUGACUGUAACUGGGUUUGUUGAGGCUAACAAGGUAUUGAAGAAAGCUAAGUCAACAGGGAAGAAAGCAGAGAUAUGGCCUUAUGUUCCUUACAAUCUGGUGGCUCAGCCUUACACAGCUCAACACUAUGACAAGAAGGCACCUCCUGGUUAUGUCAGGAAGGUGGAGACCACUGCAACAAAUGCUAAUGUGACCAGAUAUGAAGAUCCUUACAUCUCCAUGUUCAGUGAUGAUAAUCCAAAUGCCUGCUCUGUCAUGUAAUUAAACAAGAGAAAUUCUCACUAAAGCCACGGUAAAAGUUCCAAUUUAGGGUGUUUUCCAUGUUCAGAGACGACAAACCCAAAUGCCUGUGCUGGCAAGUACUUGCUUGUAGUUUUGCAGAGGUUGGUUUUGGUGGGACUAGAAGACUAGAUUAGUGUUGGGUAUUUGAUGAAAAAAAUAAUGUGGGUUGUUAAGUUACUAUAAAGGCAGCUAUAUAUAAUAUCUUUCUUUGUCAUUGUU